GCUCCUGGCCCUCUCUUCGUCUUGUCAUUGAUGGGCAACCAACUGGACCGCAUCACCCACCUCAACUACAGCGAACUGCCCACGGGGGACCCGUCGGGGAUCGAGAAGGACGAACUGAGGGUCGGGGUCGCCUACUUCUUCUCGGAUGAGGAGGAGGACCUGGACGAACGCGGCCAGCCAGACAAGUUUGGUGUGAAGGCCCCUCCGGGCUGCACCCCUUGCCCAGAGAGCCCCAACCGCCACCAUCACCACCUGCUGCAUCAGCUGGUCCUCAACGAAACUCAGUUCUCUGCCUUUCGGGGCCAGGAAUGCAUCUUUUCCAAAGUGAGCGGCGGCCCUCAGGGCGCCGACCUGAGCGUCUACGCGGUGUCCGCGUUACCGGCUCUCUGCGAGCCGGGCGACUUGCUGGAGCUGCUGUGGUUGCAGCCAGCACAGGAGCCGCCCGCGCCCGCCCCGCACUGGGCCGUCUACGUGGGCGGCGGGCAGAUCAUCCACCUGCACCAGGGCGAGAUUCGCCAGGACAGCCUGUACGAGGCGGGCGCGGCCAACGUGGGCCGGGUGGUGAAUAGCUGGUAUCGCUACCGCCCGCUUGUGGCUGAGCUGGUGGUGCAGAACGCCUGCGGCCACCUGGGUCUCAAGAGCGAGGAGAUCUGCUGGACGAACUCGGAGAGCUUCGCCGCCUGGUGCCGCUUUGGCAAGCGGGAGUUCAAGGCGGGAGGGGAGGUGCCGGCCGGCACGCAGCCCCCGCAGCUGCAAUACUAUCUCAAGGUGCACCUGGGGGAAAACAAGGUGCACACAGCCAGGUUUCACAGCCUGGAAGAUCUCAUCCGUGAGAAGCGCCGCAUCGACGCCAGUGGCCGCCUGCGAGUGCUCCAGGAACUAGCAGAUCUCGUGGACGACAAGGAGUAG